CAACACUUUGCGAACGUCUUGAAUAGCAAACUUCACAAUGGGACGCCCUAAGAGAAAUGUACUUGCGGCCGCUGAGGCUGCCCUGACACCGCCUGACGCUCUCGAGCCCAACCAGUCCCUUGUUCGUGUUGUCAAGCCCGAGGGAAACAACCUAUACACCUGCGAGCUCCCAAAUACCAAAACCCUGAUGUUGGAAUUGGCACAGCGAUUUCGAAACACCAUCUGGAUCAAGCGCGGCGGCUUCGUUCUGGCCGAGAUAUACCAAGAUAGCAAAGAGGACACACGAGCAGAUGGAGAGAUUGUGAAUGUUGUCCGAGACGAGAAGGCUUGGCGCAAACAGUCCUACUGGCCCAAAGAAUUUGUCAAGAAGAGUACAUAUGACCUCAGCGACUCCGAAGAAGAAUCCAACGUCGGCAAAAUGCCCCCAAGUGACUCCGAAGAUGAGUGAGGUUACCCUUUAGAUCCACAUCUAUUUGUUCUUGGCCUCGAUUUUCCUAGCCUGAGAAGGGGGAACAGCAAGCCUGGCUGUCCCGCGAUACGCCAACACAACCGUCGCAAGCAUCGCACCCACAGUGACGCGAGAGCUGAGGUCGGUGCUUGGGAAAACGUUCCAGGCCCACUCCUGCGCAGCCCAGAUAAGCAGCACAAUGAAGGGAUCUUCUGUGGCUCGCCAGAUGAGAUAGGGUGAUGCCCACGCGAGAUAGGCAUAGAAUUGGUAAUGGAGCGAUCUCGCAAAUAGGAGGCCAAUGACGUUGGCAGAGAGCAUCGUUGUCAUGACAUACUCGGGGGUGACAUAGUGGGAGAUUCGAAGCUGCUCCUGCAGAGUGAACGGAGACUUUAGCUGCAAGAAGGAGGGGAUCAUGGCAGAAAGAGGCCGUCCGGUUGGUUGCAGCCAUCUCUGGGAAAUGAAAACCAGAAGUGCUGUGACAUGACAGGCGAGCAGGAAUAUAGCAAAAGAUUUGCUGAGGAAGACCUCCUCACCC